UCCACAGCAGAGAGAGAGAGAGAUAGAGAGAGAGAGGUGGGCUAUUAAAAGACUUUUCCUUUUGUCGUGGGGCGUACAUGGUUGCUUGCCCCUCUCCCUCUCUCUCUCUCUCUCUCGGACUCGGACCAGAACAAAAACCAUCCUAAGCAGAGCAGAGCAGAGCAAAGCGGCCCUCUCCGCUUCGCUUUUCUUUUUCCUUCUCCUCCAUGAGGCUUACCGAGUCCGCUUCUCGAGAUCUGUAAGUGGAACAAAAGCAGAUCCAGCUCGAUCCGGAGCGGAGAAUGCGAGAGAAAGCAGCAGCGCCGGCGGGUAAGCAGAAGGGAUGGUGGGUAGUGGCGGCGAUGGAGGAGGCAGUAGCAGGGCCGGCGGAGGCGGAGGCGGUGGUCCGGCAGCGUCGAUUAGCGCCGCAGCGGUCACGACCAUUGGCUCUGUGGAACUGAGGCUCGGUCCUCAGGAGAGGGUUUUGCUGCUUAGAUGUGAGAAAUCGGGAUCGGAUCUCUUGAUGAGCGCAAUGCAUAGGCCUUGCACGACUCUUCUUCUGGUUGGUCCAUAAAGAGCAGAAACGUUAGGGUUUACAUCAAGUAGAGGAUCUGGAAAUUGCCCUGCGUUUUCUUUAUGUCAGUUAAUUUCCUCUUCUAGUUAUAACCAAUAUAAUGGAGCAUUUAUCUUAGACUUAGGAUCAGGAACAUCUUUUCUAGAAAGCUGCUCUCUUAAUGGAAAUUGUUGCCCCUUUUGUGGUUGCUUUGGUUGGUAAAUGAACACAUCGUGCUAUAUAGUAUCUUAACUUCUUUCGUUGUAGUUCUUUUGCUGAUAUGCAAAGUAUAAUCAUGAUAUCAUGCACAAGGUUGCAUGUACGAACUGAUGGUUACACUCCCAUCUGACCAUCCUACCUAAUCAACCAAGGUAUUCUCACUCAUUCUGUUAGAAAGCCAAAAAAAAACUAUACUUUGCUUUAAUCAUCUAAGAUUUUAAACUGGAUUAAUACCCAUAUUUGCAGCCACUUAGAGUGAAGUUAUUUGAUUUUCAUCUACGGAGACAAGCCUAGAAAUCCUUGUUGGCUUCACUUAAACAUAACCAAUUAUUGUUCCCCAUCAGUACAAGAUCACAAUGAACAAUAAGGUUAAACUGAGUGAACAUAUGUGGAAAAAAAAAGUUUUGCCCUUUUUUUCUUUUCUCAUCUAACAUUUACCAUCUACACUUAGAUCUCAAUUAUCAUCAUUAAUUUUAUUGCUUUUACUAGCUUGGGUUAUGAAGCUUACGGAUUACCCUUUUGUUUUAAUUAUCUAUUUUAUUUUCAAUUCAUGAGUUAUACUCGACCUAUCUUUUCUAGUCUUGAAGGCACAUAUUAUGUUUUCUCUUAGUGGCUAGUGCAAUAUGUUAGAGUUUGCUUGCUGGAAAGAGAUCCUGAUAUCUUAAAACUAAAAGAAUUCUGUAACACUUCCUAUUCCUGGCUUUGCUUCUUGUUCCUGGCUUCCCCAUCUUGAUUUAUGAAGACAAUUGUUCACUAAUUCUGCAUGUGCAUUUCAUCGUGAGUUGGAACAUCAUUGAUUUAUGAUUGUACAUUUCACCAUUAUAUUUUUUUUUUGAGAAGCAAAUAUCAUCCUGUUUCUUUUAAUUCCUCAUCACAGAGAGCAUAAAUUUUUCGAAAAUUAACUGUUUAGUUAGUCCUAUUCUUCUUGUUACAACUAUAUCAAAAUCGAUGUUGUCACCGUGUAUUGAAAUGCCAUAGGCAUUAGGUGCUUGCCUAGACUCUCUUCCGAGUAAAGCGAGAUGCUCUCGAAUAUUAAAAUUUUUAAAAAAUAUCAUGCUUGAUAAAUAUGAUUAUGAAAAAAAAAAAAAUCAAAUUUGUAGUGAAUCUGUUACCUUCCUACUGUUAUGUCCUAACUCCUAAUAGUGUACCUAUCAAACAAUGUUUAUAAGUUCCUAACAAUUUAGCAAAGUGUAGGAAAUAGGAGAUCGUUUAUAGAGAUCAUGAGUUCAUACCAAUUUAACAAAGUGCUUAAGCUGCUCAUACCAAUAGGCCAAGAAAGAGGAGAUGGAGAAGUAGCCAGUUAGCAGAAGGCAGUGGAAUGUGGCAUCGAGAAAGGUAGUGGCGCACAACAAAGGAAGGUUGGGUUCUUUGGCUCAGAUAGGGUUUGUACAGUUGCGAUGAUGCGUAGGGUAGAGGAAGGCGACGAUUGACAGCAUAAGGUGAACGAAGAGGACAAUGUCGGCAUAUGGUGGAGGGACAAAGUUGCACACGAUGGUGAGACGGAGGAAGGUCGUGGUCGACGAUGACAUAGAGCAAAGGAAGGUUGCGAUCAUGAUGGAAGACGACAACUAAUGGCGACGAUGUAGGGUUUCUUACUCUCUGGUAUUGUAGGGUUUCUUGGUAGGUAGAAAGGAUGGGGGGUUAAGUUGUUGAAUUAGUCGGUUUGGGUAAACCAACUAAUUCAUUGAUUGUACCUAAGCUCGCCAAAUUGUGCCUAGGCUUCGAUUGGCUCAGGAGCAUGCUUGAGUCUCUCAAUGCUUGAGCUCAGACACACGCUCUGUUGCACCUCUUUCAGUCGACUUGCCUGGACCCUAUUUGAGGUGCUCAGGCCUCGCUUUGCCUUGCCUGGGCACCUAGGCAACCACUUAUCCAAAACACUUGUCAAUUGAAAGAGGUACUAUUGAAUCUCUCUUCAAAGAUUAACAGCAGACAUUAUUGUGUUUAUAUUUCAACCCAGAUGACUCAUAGUUAUUGAUAAGGGUAAAAAACUGAUUUUGACGUAACACCCCAGAAUUGACGUAAUACACCCCCUCCCACGUCGAACGCCCGGUACGGCGCUCUGCCACGGAAAUAGCAUUAACUACGAUGCGACGCACGCCCAUACCCACCGUACCCAAACAACCCCCUCGGCUGACUCUUCGCAGCCGGCCGAGGCAGGCAGAGGCGCCAGCUGACACCCCCAUACCCUGCGGUAGCUCGGCUCUCCACGCAACGCCCACAGCGGCAACAGACGUCGUCAGAGGUACGGUCCUGCUCUGGCAGGAUGGCCCAUCAGGUAACAUCAACCCCCCUUACAAAUACCCCCCCCGGGUCCACGCCACGGGGGGGGAGGAGGAAAAAGAAAACUCUCUCUCUCUCUCUCUCAACCAACAUAACACUCCCUUCCGCUGACUUGAUCGUCGGAGGGGUCGGGCCGAGCCACCGACCCGACCUAUGUGCAGGUACCCAGCCGCCGUCAACCCGGUUCGCCCAGGCGGACUCCUCGAGCAAGAUCCUUCGCAUCCGCCACCUAAAGCCCGACAAAGGGGGACACCUCUAAUCCCAGGCAUUUGGAGCCCAGAACCAGCCGCGCCAGCCCCAAAGUCGCGGCCCGAAAGUUAUUUACCAUAACAGAUUAGCGCUAGAAGGAGGGCGCUAUCCAAAUGUCAAGCGAUCAGCAAAUUUACCCCGGCGGAUCCUCAAAUGCGGAGCUCCCCGCCUUAGGGGAACGGCGUGACGAAACCCACGAUGAACGUCCCGCAGCGGUGUCAGAACGCUAUUGGCGGUUAUUCAACGACCCGGGCUUGCCACCCCCUGGCGGCGCGCCCGCCGACUCCUCGCAAGUGUCGCCCGAGGCCUUUCAUGACCUCGCCCACCAGGUUCGAACUCUAACAAGCAUGGUGCAGACCAUUGUCUCCCAACGAACCCCUCCGCAUGCGGCGAGGCCCUCGCAGCAACAGGAGACCCUCGCCCGGACCCACGUACCACUCCCAGAGCUUCCGGGCUCGCCUCGAAACCCCGCGACUCGACCGGGAGGUAGGGAAGCCGAGGACACGGCGAGCCGCCCCGAGCCGGAGGCCCCGACUGUUGAUUCGACGAACGCCCUGCGGGCCCAGCUGCGCCUCGUCAGUCAAAGGCUGGACGAGGUACAGCAGGAGGUUCGUAAGUCGAAAGGAGAACUCGGGACGGACGGACACCAAGGAUCUCCGUUCACCCCCGAGAUACAGGAUCAAGCGAUCCCGCCGCACUUCCGCCUCCCUUCCCUGGACGCGUAUGAUGGCGCAACCGACCCCGCGGACCACGUGGCCGCUUUUCGGGCCCAGAUGGCGCUGUUCGGGACUUCAGAUGCCCUGAUGUGCCGGGCGUUCCCGACGACCUUGCGGGGACCAGCCCGCGCAUGGUACAGCGGCCUGAAGUCAGGGACCGUCGCCUCCUUCGACCAGCUCGCCAAGGAUUUUGAGCUUAACUUCCUAGCGUACGCCCGACCGAAGCCAUCGAUGGCGUUGCUCCUGGGGCUCAACCAGAAGGAGGACGAGCCCCUUUCUCACUUUGUGAACCGGUUUACGACGCAAAUCCGUGGAUUACCGGAUGCUCACCCCUCCCUCUUGAUGCAGGCCUUUAUGACUGGUCUGCGGCCCUCCAGGAUCUUCUGGUCGCUUGUGGAGAGGCCCCCCGUCGCGGUCCCUGAGAUGCUCCAACGGGCCAGCCAGUUCAUCGCCGCAGAAACCUGGAUGGUGGGAAAGCGAGAAGAACACAGAAAGGUAAAGUCGGAACCGCCCCGACAGCAGCAACCCACCACCUCCCGGCGAAAGCUGGACAUGCCUGACCCCAGGCCCCCUCUUCCCGCCUUGAACUCUUCCCGGACGGAGAUAUUCCUACACGAAAAGGGGAAGGGGCUGCUCAGGGACCCCCACCCCAUGAAGAACCCGCGAGAGCUCGCAGAUCGCUCAAAGUAAUGUCGAUUUCAUCGACAGCACGGGCAUGACACGGAACAGUGUUACGAGCUGAAAAGACAAAUCGAGGAGCUCAUCCUCAGAGGCCAUCUCGGCCAGUACCUCCGGCCGAGCAAAGAGCAGUCUCCUCGUCCGGAGGGCCCCGUUGAGCGACACAUCGAUGUCAUAGCCGGGGGCCCCGCAUCCGGAGGAAGCUCUAUGUCGGGCAGGAAGGCCUACGCUCGGGCCGCCCCCGACGAAGCCUCGGGACGUGAGCCUGAGCCCGAGAUCACCUUCCCAACCGGAGCCGCUGAGCGACCCCACCACGACGACGCCCUGGUAGUAUCGUGUUAGGACUCUAGCUUGGAGAGUCCUAAUUAAGAGGGACAUUCAUGUAAAACUGUUAGGACUCUAGCUAGGAGAGUCCUAAUUGAGAGGGACAUUCUGUUAGGACUCUAGCUAGGAGAGUCCUAAUUGAGAGGGGCAUUCAUGUAGGAGGUUUUUUCUUAUAGAAGAAUUAGGAGUUGUAAGGGAAUAGGAGUCUUGAGUAGGAGUCCUAUUAGGAGUUGGUUAGAAGUAAGAGUCUUAAGUAGGAGUCCUAUUAGGAGUUAGGGUUUAGAAGCCCUAUAAAUAGUCAUGUAUUCCUCCUCUUUUCUCAAGCAAUAGAUGAAUCUUUUCUGCAGCCUUUGAGCAGCAACUUGGAGGGAGGAACCCCUAUAGAGUUCCAAGGAGGCCGAUCCCCUAAAGAGAUCAACCUCAAGUUUAGAAUCUGCAAGGGUUCUAACACCUGGUAUCAGAGCAGCGUUCUUGGCGUCUCGCUGCCCUUUCACAGCCAUCCAUCAACCCUCCACAACCAUCCAAAGCAAUUCCCACAAUUGCUUAAAAGAUCGUCACCGAAUUCCGCCAUCAUCUCCACCACCACGGAUCAUCCUUUGAUCUCCCCGUGAAUUGCAACAGGUUCUGGUUUCCUACCUUACUGCUUCUGCAAUUUAGUUAUCCUUAUUCGAAAAUCCAAAAAAAAAAAAAAAAAAAAAUCGUUCCUAUAUUACUGCAUAAACUUUUCGUCACAAAGUUUUCAUUUCUACGACGAAAGAUACAUUGCAGAAUUCCAGCCGCAUAGCACCAUCUGUUUGAUCUUGCUACUGUGCUUUUUCUAUCCAAAUUUCUACAAAAUUUUUAUGACAUCUUUGACAUUUCUUAACAGUGGAUUUCCCUUUGGUUUCAUCAAAAAAUUCUCAAUAUAAACUACUGAUCUUUUAUGUCCAAUCUGCUGCACUUGAAUUGCAGAAUUCAAGCCGCAUAGCACCAUCUGUUUGAUCUUGCUAUUGUGCUUUUUCUAUCCAAAUUUCUACGAAAUUUUUAUGACAUCUUUGACACUUCCUAACAAUAGAUUUCCCUUUGGUUUCAUCGAAAAAUUCUCAAUAUAAACUACUGAUCUUUUAUGUCCAAUCUGCUGCACUUGAAAAUCUAUGCUGCAGAAAAUUUCAGCU